UUUACCGUUGGACAGUGCCAAUUUACAAAAACCUGUGUUUAGAGAUCACUACAACAAUGAAAUUCACAUUCCCACUUAGCUUUUCUUAAAAGAAACUAUGAAUUUCAAUCACAUCAUGAGUGCUGAAUGCUCCCACUUCAUCUAAAUUUACCUGUGUUUCACUGUCAUGGUCAGCAAUGGCUUCUGUUAUACUAUUCUUUAAGGUUUGAGCUUAAACUAUAGUCAGUUGCGUGCAAAAGGGUUAUCAAAUAGUUGGGUUUGUAAUGAAUAUGUGUGGGAUAUUUGGUUAAAGAAAAAAAAAGUUGCGGAGUUUUUUCACAAAAUGGGGUUGGUGUAACCGAUAUGAGCAACACCAUGCUUUCUAGGAAAUGGGUUCUUUUAGAUUUCAUUCAUAGAUGCAACAAUUUUAGAUCUUUCAAGCAAAUCCAUGCACAAUUACUAACAUCAGGCAUUGUUCGUGAUGAGUUGGUAGUUAACAAAGUUGCCGAGUUCUUUGGAAAAUUUGUUGAAUAUGUUGAAUAUGGUUGUGAUCUUUUGAAGCAAAUUGAUUGGUGCACAAGCUCAUUCCCGUGUAAUUUGCUAAUAUCUAGUUAUGCUGGUAGUGACACGCCUGAAGCAGCAGUUUUGGUAUAUAGAAGGAUAGUUAGGGAUGGAUUUAUGCCUGAUAAGUACACAUUUCCAGUGGUUUUGAAAUCUUGCACCAAGUUUUCGGGGAGUGGAGAGGGUAGACAGGUUCAUGGGGUGGUUGUUAAAACGGGUUUUUUAGGUGAUGCAUUUGUGGGAAACUCACUUGUGCAUUUCUAUAGUGUUUGUGGUGUUUUUUGUGCUGCUACUAAGGUGUUUGAUGACAUGCUUGUGAGAGAUGUGGUGUCUUGGACUGGUUUGAUAUCUGGGUAUGUGAGGUCAGGAUUGUUUGAUGAGGCUGUAGCUUUGUUUUCAAGGAUGGAUGCGAAGCCAAAUGUCGCAACUUUUGUAAGUGUGCUUGUGGCUUGUGGGCGAAUGGGGUAUUUGAGUUUGGGGAAGGGGAUUCAUGGAUUAAUUUUUAAGCGAGUUGGGAUGGAUUUGGUGGUUGGCAAUGCUAUCAUGGAUAUGUAUGUCAAGUGUGAGUGUUUGUGUGAAGCAAAGAAAAUCUUUGAUGAGCUCCCUGAGAGGGAUAUUGUGUCAUGGACUACUAUGAUUAGUGGAUUGGUGCAAUGUGAACAUCCCAAAGAGUCAUUGGAGUUGUUUCACAAAAUGCAUGGUUCAGGCAUUGAACCUGAUGGGUUUCUACUUACUACUGUGCUCUCAGCUUGUGCCAGUCUUGGGGCUCUUGAUUAUGGCAGAUGGAUCAAUGAAUAUAUUUAUCUUAUUGGCAUCAAAUGGGAUACUCAUAUUGGAACAGCUAUGAUUGACAUGUAUGCAAAGUGUGGCUGUGUAGAGAUGGCAUUAAGGACCUUCGAUGAGAUGCCUUAUAAGAAUGUCUAUACAUGGAAUGCCUUGCUAGGGGCUCUAGCAAUGCAUGGGCAUGGGCAUGAGGUGCUCAAACAUUUUGAAGAAAUGAUUAGAUCAGGUAUGAGGCCCAACGAGGUGACAUUUCUUUCUAUUUUGAUAGCUUGCUGUCAUUCUGGCUUGGUUGAUGAAGGUCGUAGAUACUUCUAUCAAAUGGUAAGUCAACAACAUAAUCUUUCUCCCAGGUUAGAGCACUAUGGAUGCAUGGUUGAUAUGCUCUGUAGGGCUGGACUCUUGGAUGAAGCUCAGGAGCUGAUAAAAUCUAUGCCCAUGCAACCUGAUGUGCUGAUAUGGGGAGCUCUUCUCAGCACUUGCAAAGCCAAUGGACAUAUUGAACUCUCUCAAGAAAUAUUAGAUCGACUCCCAGAACAUGAGUCACAAGAUAGUGGGAUAUAUGUGCUCCUAUCCAAUAUAUAUGCUACCAAUCAAAGAUGGGCUGAAGUAACAAGGGUAAGGAGGUUGAUGAAGGAGAAGGGAAUAAAAAAGGCCCCUGGAUCAAGUGUUAUAGAGGUGGAUGGUAAUGCUUAUGAAUUUCUUGCUGGUGAUACUAGCCACCCUCAAAAUGAGGAUGUGCAUAAAUUGUUAAACAUCCUUGCUAAUCAAGUCUAUCUUGAAGGGCAUUUUUCAGACCCAUUCUUGAUCAGAUGGGUAUAAUUUUGUUGCAAAGUUGAAGAGCCUCUUUUUUUUUUUUUUUUUCAAAUUAGAUUUUAAUGUAACAUUCUGAUAACUUUCUGCCAUUUUCUUGUUUUCCAAAAUAGUAGCCUGUGUUCCAUCAAGGAAAGAGACUGAUUGUCAUCUAAUAAUUUUGAUUAAUCAAUUGUUCAUACAUGUACAACAGAGCAAUAGA